AUGGAUCUGCAGGACAUAAACAUAUCUCAAGAGAAUUUUGAGCUUCUUCAACCCAUAAUUCUGGUCGCCAGAUUCCUAGGCAUCCUCCCAGUUCGUUAUGACAAACACGGCGGCCAUUUCAAACUGAAAAUGUCUUUGGUAUACAGCAUCUACAGCUACGUGCUGACCAUCUUUCUCACCGUAGCUACCGUCUUGGGUAUAGUAAACGACCUGGAAAAGGACACAAACCACUCAGUACGGAUGGUGGACCAAAAAGCCAGAUACGUCACUUCUUGCGACAUAUCCAUCGUCAUUAUAAUUGUAUUUUUUAGCGCCGUAACUAUUCCCCAGAAAAUGAGGAAGCUGUGGAAACUGUUACACUAUCUAAACCAGACCGAUUCCAUAAUUCCUUUGACAAAGCAGAGCCAGUUCCGACAAUCUUCACUGUUCUUCAUGGCAACGACUUUUGUGGUAGCUGUUUUACUUUUUACUUUCGACAUUGUAGUCUGGACAAACUCAACGACUAAAAGAAUGAAAGAUGCCACUUCGUUUUUCAGGAACUAUACCACCUUCUACGUUUUAUACUUGAUAGUUGUGAUCCACGAAAUAUUCUAUUGGCACCUCGUUCUCUUCAUUAAGAUCAGAAUCUCUGCCCUGAAUAGAUACUUGCACAGUAUAGGGAAAGAGGAUAGGCGCAAGAAGAUUCCUGUACAAACUGGUGGAAGGCAGGUAGUGGUCGGUGGUGCUCUGGAAAACAUCGAGGUCUGCAAGGAGAGUUACAAGAAGAAGAAUUUUGAGAAUAUGAGCUUAGUUGAAAGAAUAACUGUCCUGGCAACAUUUCAAGAGAGAAUUUCUAUCGCUGUACAGGUUCUCAACAAUGAUGGAGCUUUUGGGAUACACUUGAUCACUUUAAGUUGUCUGCUACACUUGAUAGUCACCCCGUAUUUCCUGCUUGCCGAGAUAAUAAAACCGAAUGGGAAUGUAAUGUUCACCUAUCUGCAAGCAGCUUGGCUUUUGGCUCAUAUUGGAAGGCUACUCAUCAUCGUGGAACCGUGCCAGCUGUGUUUAGAUGAGCACCGCAGGACGUCAAUGCUGCUUUGCGAACUACUAACCAAAGAUUUCGAUGAAAACGUUAGAAAUUCGUUGAUAAUAUUCUCCAUGCAACUGAAUUACUGCAAAAUUAAAUUUUCGCCCUGUGGUUUCUUCAAAAUCGACAGGUCUUUGAUAACAUCGGUGACUGCAGCUGUUACCACGUACCUGGUCAUCCUGUUUCAAUUUAACACGAAUUAAGUAUAACUGUUUUAGU